AUGUUCUUCGAAUACUCUUCUGGCGGUUUUACUUACUAUCUAUCGUCAAGACCGCUUUCACCUAUGCCUAAAAUGCUUAGAUCACCACCACCUUGUGAUACUUUGCAAACUGCCUCUAACCCUGAAUUAGCGUCUUCCAAUAUCACACAACGAGAAAAUAAACGGCGCCGAACUAGCGACGCUGGUAACGAAACCGAAAUAGUCUCUACGGAUGCUAUUAACGAGCUCAAGACAAUGCUGAAAACCUUUGUUGAUAAUCAAAAUGCAAGAUUAGACAAUAUAGAAAAAAAACUAGCACUUGUCACAAAUCAAAAUGUAAACAUACAACAAACCAAUUCGGAAAUAGAAAAGUCCAUAAAUUUCGUCUCAGACAAAAAAGAUAACCUGCAAAAAGAUGUCUCCGACAUAGAAAAGGAUCGCAAAGCACUUGAGUCACAAAUAAAUACAAUAAGUACCAAAUUCGAUGCCUUGGAGAAAUACAUUCGCAAUACGAGUAUUGAGUAA